AAGGUCAUUGGACGAAGGAGGGAAAUUGUUAAUAGGGAAAUAGAAUCAAAUAUUCCCAUGGACACAGAUCGUAUUCAGCAAGAUGCAAUGCAGACGCCAGCCAGUUUUCCGGCCAGAAGAGUUCCAAAAUUAUCUGGAAUAUCACCAAAGGUUGUUAUCCAACCAAUUCCUUUAAAAACUGUUGACAAAUCAGUUUAUAGUGCACCAUCGACAUACAUAGACAAUAUAAUAUCUGCAGACACUGUACCAGUGACACAUUCCCCGUAUCUAGCCACAUCAGCAAAAAAGAUACCGUUGAUACAUUCCCCGCUUCUAGACACAUCAGCACCGACAUUAACAUUCGUGCAUUCCCCGCUUCCAGAAAUAUCAGCAUCCCCUGUACCAUUGGUGCUAUCCUCGCUUCUAGACUCAUCAGCAUCUCCCGGACCAUUAGUGAAUUCCCCGCUUCUAGACAUAUCAGCAUCGACAUUAACAUCGAUGCAUUCCCCGCUUCUACCCACAUCAAUAGAAACAAUACCGUUGAUGCAUUUCCCUCUUCAAGCCACACCAGCAUCCACCGUACCAGUGAUGCAUUCCACGCUUCUAGACACAUCAGCAGAUACAAUACCGUUAAUGCGUUUCCCGCAUCAAUCUACAUCAGCGUCGACCGUACCAUUGGUGCAUUCCCCGCUUCUACACAUAUCAGCACCGACCGUACCGUUGAUGCAUUCCCCGAUUCAAGCCACAUUAGCAUCGACCAUACCAUCAAUGCCUUCUAGGCUUCUAGACACAUCAGCAUCGACCAUACCAUUGUUGCAUUCUCCGCUUCUAGCCACAUCAGCAUCGAUCGUGCCAUUGAUGCAUUCCUCACUUCUAGACACAUCAGCAUCAGCCAUACCAUUGAUGCAUUCUACGCUUUUGGACACAUCAGCAUCAGCUGUACCAUUGAUGCAUUCCUCGUUUGUAAACACAUCAGCAUCGACCGUACCGUUGAUGCAUUCCUCACUUUUAGAAACAUCAGCAUCGACCGUGCCAUUGAUGGAUUCCUCACUUCUAGACACAUCAGCAUCGACCGUGCCAUUGGUGCAUUUCUCGUUUCAAGACACAUCAGCAGAAACAAUAUCGUUGAUUAAUUCCCCACUUCUAACCACAUCGCCAUCAACUGUACCUUUGAUGCAUUCCUCACUUCAACCUAGCCACUUUUUGGAACGUAAUAAAGUGUCAGGCCCAGUCGGGCCAGGAAUAGAAAAUUGUUUAACAUCAAAACCGGAUAUACAGACAAAUUUUGAUGCAGCGUUAAAGAUUACACGGGACUUGCUUCAGUGCAAAUGGAUCAAGUGUGAGCAGCAAUUUAGCUGUAUGGAAGAUUUUGUAGGACAUGUGAAAAACGAUCACGCACGUAAAGAGGGACAUGAUUUAGAAUAUAAUUGCAAAUGGGUCGGAUGCCCAAGGAAAGGAAAAGGGUUCAGUGCAAGGUACAAAAUGUUAAAUCACAUCCGGACACAUACCAGUGAGAAGCCGCACAAUUGUACUCAAUGUGGGAAAUCGUUUUCAAGACAGGAAAAUCUCAAAAUACACACACGAUGUCAUACAGGUGAAAAACCUUACGUAUGUCCAUUUGAAGGUUGCAAGAAAUCAUAUUCAAACUCUAGUGACAGAUUUAAACAUGUACGUACACAUAAAGAGGACAGACCUUAUGCCUGUAAGAUGCAGGGUUGCAACAAACGGUACACAGAUCCUAGUUCGCUGCGGAGACACGUCAAAACUCAAAUGCAUUAUUCCACAAGUAAUGAUGUGUCAUUCAGCCUACCUAUGAAAUCAAUUGAAGCUGAAAGUAACGGUACAAAAACAAUUGAUGCUCAAUCCUGUUUCAAUCUUUCUGGAAAAAUAUCUGUGUCAGUUACUAAACCAGGAAGUAAGCCAUCUGUAACCAUAUCUAAUUACAUGGAGAAAAGUGGUCUUCCGUUGAUGGAUCUGUCCAGCAUAAUGCCUGACGUACAAUUUAUUUCGGCUUAUAUUCCGAUCGCUACACAGACAUCUCGCCUGCUUACCACAGAAGGGAGAGCGCAGACCUCCUGAUAAUAGGUUUGUAAGUGAUGAUUUGAAAACAAUGUCGUAUUUCACCUCUAUAUUAUGUAGAGAACAGUUACUAGCUGAGAACAGGAACUGAAAUCUGCAACACUGGUUAGGUUAAUCGCCCGCCACUAUGUCACUAAGAUUUUGUUGAAAUACGGCGCUAUACCAAGAACAAACAGACAAAGCUACACAUUUAUAAGCAUCGCAUACAGAUGUAACGACUGUGAAACAGAUCAUACAG